GACUCCCUAGGACUCCUGGGACUCUCUUCCCCAUCACUUCCUCUGGGACUGAAGGCCUUUGACUUUUGUAAACUAAAAGAGGGGCAAGUCCAGCACCCUGGACGGAGGCUGUCAGACAUUGAGGAUGGAGACUCUGCGGAAAAGGCAGUCUUCAUACUGGCUGCUCAUUCUGGGGAUAUUUAUUCUGAGAGAGACCCAGGCAGAGCUUCAUAGCCUGGAGGUACAGGUCACGGUGGUGGCCUCUCCUGAGACUCCUCCAGAAAUUUUCCUCAAUUGCUGUUUGAAUGAUCAUCUAAUAAUUGCCUACGAUAGCCUCCGAAAAGAUCUGAUCUUUAAGCUGGAUAGAACCAGUGCACCCUUGCAGAACUUUCUGAUCCAGCAGAACCGAAAAGAACUGUUGCGAAUGGAAGGUGAGGUUCAAAGGAUCUUCAAGGAGAGGACACAGUAUUACAACUGGACUGAAGGGAUCCACACAGGGCAGGUCCUUAUGAACUGUGAGACUGAAAGGGGCAUCCUUGUGGAGAGUCGACUGGGUGUUGCCUUUGAUGGUGAAGAUGUCUGCCAACUGGAUGUGGAGAAAGGACAAUGGAGAGUCAUAAAGGCAGAGGCUGAGGACUUCUGUCCCUACUGGAAGGAUAACUUCUGGGCUGAGAUAAUUAGAAGGGAUUGUCCCUUUUUCCUAAGUCUUCUCUUGCAAAUUGUGCACUUGAAGGAAAAUACACCCCCUGAAGUGACUGUAUCCCGCCAUGACACUCCAGAUGGCAGCAUUAUCUUCUCCUGCUUUGCUACGGGCUUCUACCCUCAUUCCAUCCUUCUGUACUGGGAGAAGGAUGGUAAGCUGGGUAUGUGGGGGCAAGAGAACUCCACUGGCACCUUGCCCAAUGCUGAUGCCACCUACUACCUCCAUGUUACUUUGGAAUUGCCACCAGGGGAUACAGGAGAAGGCUAUGCCUGCUUGGUUGAGCAUAGUGAGCUGGAGGAGCCAAUUGUGUGCCCUGUCCCUGGAGAGAGAAGAAGAAGUCUCUGGACCAUUGUUCUGAGUUCCAUAGUAGCCGCUAUCUUUGUGCUGAGCUCAUUGGCAGCUUUUAUCAUGUGGAAAAAGAAGAAGACAGGGAUGACCCCACUGAGUCAACUGGAGUGUACUUUCCCACCUAUUUCUUCAUCUGCUGCUCUGUAGUAGAAGACCAAGAGAGGCCCUCACCAUAUACUCUGAGCCAAGCAUGAUCUCUGCUGGAUGCUUUGC